AAGGACGACCAAUGAAAUAAAAAACAUAAUAAGCAAACUAUAUAGCAAUAAAAAAUAAUGGCUUCUGUUUGCUCACCAAGUUGUGAAAAAGAUGUGAAAGUCCCCGUCGUGAGAGCGACCUACGUGAACCUCUAUAAAUGGCCGGAGUCCGACGCCGAGUUCAUUCGCUCGGUGAGCGCUGGCCGCCACCCUCGGGUGGUGGACAGUGUAUCAUGCCGGCAGUUGUAUUUGAGAAGCUACACCUUCUCGAGGGAAGACAGCGACGAUGAGGGUAACCGGAAGGAGGAGGAAACCACCGGAAAGGUGAAGUCCCAAUGUGCUGCCGCCGGACGCCGCCGCCUUUGCUGGAGGAGGAAAUCUAAAAGUUUGAGGUUUCGAAAGGCUGUGGUUUCAUUCUUUCGGAGGUUGCUAUCUUGCACCGCCCCGGUUGACGUAGUCGUUGAUUAUUAAUGGAUACUUGAUUACUUGGUACAAAAUAUAAGCAGUAUUAUUCCUGUAAUUCUUGAAUUCAUGACUAUGUAUUACGGAGUAUAUGGGUAUGGAUGUUUUUUUUUACUUAAAUUUGGAUUGCUUUUAGUUUACAAUUACAAGAAUGCUUUUACUUUGAGACUAGAAUUAAUCAUAUCAGACUAGAUUUAAAUUAAAUAUAGACUAUAUCAAAUUUGGACACUUGUAAAACACAUGGUCGAGCGCGGUUUAGAAUGGUUUGGCAAAUUAGCGAACCAUGUAAUGCAUCAAUGAGGUUUCCA